CUUUUUUGUUGGCCUUGAUGAUUCGUACACUUCAUUUCAAUUAUUAUCUCCUUUAAAUUGUUGUUGCACGUAUCGAUUGUAGUGUUAUCAAUUUGUUUUUUUUUUUUUGCAAUAUUCAUUCGUUGUUUUUUCCUUGUUUGUUUUUAUCUAAUCAAUUCUUAGAAUAGAAAAUCUUGAAAAUAAAAUGAGCACAAAACCGACUGAAAUGUACUCGGAUCGUGGUUGUCAUUCGUCGAUUCAAUCAUCAAAUGAUCACGUAAAUUGUUGUCGACAAAUUCACAUGCCACUUUUAACAGACAAAUAUCAAAUUACAAUGGCAUAUGCCUAUUGGAAGAAUGGUAUGUCGGAAAAAUUUGCCGUGUUUGAUAUAUUUUUUCGUAAAAAUCCAUUCGGCGGAGAAUUCACCGUUUUUGCUGGUCUUGAAGAAUGUCUAAAUUUUCUACAAGGAUUUCAUUACACAUCUGAUGAUAUUGAUUUUUUUCGAAAAAUUCUUUUCGAUGAUGUUGAAGAUGAGUUUUUUGAUUAUCUAUCAAAAAUCACUGCCAAAGAUGUUGUCCUUUAUUCCGUAGCCGAAGGUUCGGUCGUAUUUCCUAAAGAGCCAUUGAUGCGUAUUGAAGGUCCACUUGUUGUUUGUCAAUUAUUGGAAACAACAUUUUUAACUUUGGUUAAUUAUGCUUGUCUUAUCGCUACAAAUGCUGCCCGAUAUAAGAUUGCAAUUGAUAAUCGUAAAAUUCAAUUGCUUGAAUUUGGACUUCGUCGUGCGCAAGGUCCAGAUGGUGGCCUUUCAGCAUCAAAAUAUAGUUAUAUCGGUGGUUUCGAUGGCACAAGCAAUCUAUUAGCUGGAAGAUUAUAUAACAUUCCUGUGAAAGGAACACAUGCACAUUCAUUUAUAAUGUCUCAUUCAACAAUGGAAGAACCAAAAAAUAUUUAUCUAAAAUCAAAAAUAACGGGUGAAAAAGUGAAUUUUGUCGAAACAUGUCUAAAUUUCAAAGAUGAAGUGGCCAAAAUUUUACAAGUAUCAACAACGGAAUCCAGUAAAAGUGAAUUGAUAGCAUUCAUAUCGUAUGCUUUAGCAUUUCCAGAUUCAUUUUUAGCAUUGGUCGAUACAUAUGAUGUAAUUCGUUCGGGAAUAUUAAAUUUUUGUAUCGUAACAUUGGCAUUGGAUAAACUUGGUUAUCGUGCUAUCGGUAUACGAGUUGAUAGUGGUGAUCUUGCAUAUCAAUCUAUUGUUGCACAUCGGUGUUUUCAAAAAAUUGCUGAACAUUAUCAAUUGAAAUGGUUCAAUGAAUUAUCGAUCAUCGUUAGUAAUGAUAUUAAUGAAGAAACGAUCAUAUCAUUGAAUGAACAAAAACAUAAGAUUAAUGCAUUUGGUAUUGGAACACAUUUGGUUACAUGUCAAAAACAACCUGCAUUAGGUUGUGUAUAUAAGCUUGUCGAAAUUGAUCAUAUUCCAUGUAUAAAAAUCAGUCUAGAUCUGGCCAAAGUAACAAUUCCAUGCCGUAAAAAUGUUUAUCGUAUCUAUGGACGUGAAGGCUAUGCAUUAUUAGAUUUAUUAACCGGAACCAAUGAAGAAGAGCCAAAAAUAUUGGAAAAAAUUCUAUGCCGUCAUCCAUUCGAAGAAUCGAAACGUUGUUUUGCCACUCCAAGUCGUGUUGAACGUUUGCUAAAAGUUUGGUGGAUAGACGGAAAGAUUUCACAAUCAUUGCCAACAUUAAUAGAGAUACGUGAACAUGUACAAAAUAGUUUAGCAAUAUUACGUCCAGACAUAAAACGUUUGUUGAAUCCGACGCCAUAUAAAGUUUCCGUUACAGAUAAUUUAUAUCAAUAUAUGCAUCAAUUAUGGUUGGAGAAUGCACCGGUUGGUGAAUUACAUUGAUCACAUUUUGUGUGUCUAUAAUAAUAAUGACAUUGAUUAUUGUUAUCAAUUCAAUUUCUAUCAUAUUUGUCGUUGAUUUUUCUUUUUGUUAAUGUCAUCAUCAAAAUAUCUAUCUUACUCUGUUUUAUACAAUGCAUACACAUUCGAAUUCAUUGCUGUUAUUGAUAAAAUUUUCUUUCGUUUCUGUUUUUCUUUUUUUUUUUGUCAUUUUUGAUUACAAUUAUCAAUAUGAGAUGUCACUCCAUCCUACUCAGAUCCUUGAUAAUCACAUUGUGUUUACAACAAGUGUUGCUAGUGAAUUUCUGAUUUGUUUGUUAAAAUUUGAAAAUAAAUUUAUUUUAUUUUAUAUUA